AUGUCGGAAUGUCAAUUAAAAGCUACCAAUGGUUUUAUUAAGUUUGAGACAGUUCCGGCAGCAAUGGCAGCGGCAAACAUCGCUUGGAAUGAAAAUGAUCCAACAGCUGUUCUCGUUUGGUAUGAUAAGAUCAAAGAUCAAGAUUAUUUUUCAAACUUAUUACCAUAUCAAAUAGUUAAUCGUAUUCCUGAUGUAAAUUUAAUAUGUAGAAAAGCUCCUUUGGUUAGAAUUCUUCAAAAUACUUCUUCAUGUAUGUCGGAUUUUCCUCAAUUUCUUCCGCAAUCAUUUAUCCUUCCAAUGCAAAAUGCCCAAUUUUCGCAAGCAGUUGCCAAACACCAGAAGAAAUACAUUAUAAAACCAGAUAAUGGAUCAUUAGGUAAUGGAAUCGUGAUUUUGAAGCCAACUGACAACUUUGAACCAAGUACAUUGCUAUCUAUAGCACAAGAAUACAUUGAAUCUUUCCUUUUGAACGGCACAAAAUUCGAUUUACGUGUUUAUUGUCUUGUUUCAUCGAUUUCUCCAGAACUUGAGAUAUUUGUCUACAGAGAUGGCAUUGCAAGAUUUUGCUCUGCUAAAGAAGAUUCCAAUUCUGUAUUUGGAAGCAUUACAAACACUGCUGUUAACAGACAUAAUAUUCAAGAUUUAUCUGCUAUCACAAAACGAAUUGAAACUGUAUUUUCCGAAAUAGCAGCUCAAGGAUAUAACGUCGAUGAGCUUUGGAAGAGGAUUGAUACUAUUAUUGCACUUACUGUUAUAUCAAUAUCGAAUUUCAUGACAAAAGCCGCACAUCAGAAGUGUCCUUCAUACGGUCUUCCAAGAUGCUUCCAGAUUUUAGGCUUUGAUAUAUUACUUGACCCUCAAUUGAAUCCAUGGAUUUUAGAAGUCAACUACAGACCAUCUUUAGAGUUUGACACUGAAGAAGAAAAAGAACUGAAGGUAAAGAUGCUUGCUUCUGCUAUGAAAAUCAGUGCUCCUUUCACUUCUCUUCAAAAUGCAGUUAAUACUCACAUUGGAAAGUGGAGUGAUAACACAAUGAGGUCAUUCUUGGACCAUCAUCCCGAGAUACUCAAGAAGAUAAAGAAAGAUAAAGAAGCUGCCAUAAGAGAAAGUAAAUUUGUAAAAGUUUUCCCAACAGAUUCCCCACAGACUAAAAACUUUGAAAGAAUCAUCAGCGCAUUAAAGGUGAUGCCAAUUAAAAUUGCUUCUCCUUAUAGAAUUCCUGAUGCAGCUGAUGAUGCAACAAAACAACGUCUGAAGACACAAGUAGCGGUUAAGCCUGUAAUAACAUUGCCAAAAAGAGCGAAAUCCCCUUCAAAGAAGAAACCUCCGAUGAGAAUUUAA